AUGUUAGAGAAGCGGGAUAUGGGAGAGAAAUAUCAAAAGGACGGUGCAUUCGAUGCCUCGAAUGACCGGAUAUCUACCACACCUAUCGACCAUGGCACUCAGAUCCUAUACCAAGCUGUUGUCAACAAAAAUGGUAUCAAGCUCCAUCCACAGCCUACAGCAGACUCACUGGACCCAUUAAAUUGGUCCAGUCUUCAAAAACAUACCAUAUUGGCUAUUGUUAUGUUCAAAUAUUUCUUGUUCACUUAUCUGACAACUACGACGGUUCCAUCCUUUACCGAAAUCCAGGAUCAAUAUCAAGUCAGCUAUUCACAGGUGAACUGGACGGUCGCAGUCCCGGCUUUAGGGCUAUCCGUUGGUCCACUGAUAUGGUCUUCGCUCGGGGACAUCUAUGGUCGUCGAAUGGUUUUCUUGACUGGGACACUCAUUGCUUUGGCGUCAACUAUCGGUGCCGCCGCCGCCGAUAACUACUCGGGCUAUAUGGCUGCUCGUUUCUUCCAAGGAUUUGGCGUGAGCCCGGCAUCUACGGUUGGAAUGGCUGUUGUCAAUGACCUUUUCUUUGACUAUGAGCGCGGUCAGAAACUCGGGUUAUGGGUCCUGGCAAUCGAUGCUGGAUUACUUCUCGGACCUACAUUUGGUGGUUUGCUGGAUCUGGUCAGUGCCGCAUGGAUCAACUGGUUCAAUGCAAUUCUCUUCGCAGCAUUAUUGAUACUCGAGCUCUUCUUAAUGCCAGAGACUCUUUAUCCUCGCAACAAGAUGCUUCAACAAAUGCCUCGUCUGGAUGACAACGAAGUCCUACCUACCGAUGUUGAAAAAAAAUUUAUCGGAAAUAGCACCGCCUUGGCCACACUUUCACCAACACCAGAAGCUCUACAGUCAGAUCUACGAAGAACAAAAAACCUCCCAUUCAUCAAUUGGCGCCCAGUUCCAGGCAUGCGUCAUCCCAAGCCUUGGGACUCAAUUACCAGAUUCGUUCUCACCUUCCGGCAACCAGCUGUUGUAUUGGCUAUACUCGGAUACAGCUUUUCCUGGUACUGGUGGGUUCUGUCGGUUAUCACUAUGGUACCAGCAGCAUAUGCGCAAUACACGCCUCUCAUACAAGGAUUGCUGUUCCUUGGUUUGCUGCUCGGCACGGUCGUUGCAGAGGUUGGGUGUUCUGGUCGCUUGAGUGAUUAUAUCGUUGAAAGGUUGUCAAAGCGGAACGGCAAUGUUCGUGUGCCAGAGAUGCGCUUGUGGUUGGCUUAUCCGGCUAUACUGAUCACGACUGUUGGAUUGAUCGUAUGGGGGGUUAGCAUCGACAAGAACUACCAUUGGAUCGUCGGCCAAGUGGCAUUCUUCUUGUUCGCAGCAGGUAUUCAAAUUGGCAAUACUGUGACCAGCAGCUACGUUGUUGACUGCUAUCCUCUACAAACGACUAGUGUGAUUACCUUCUAUGCUGUCUUCCUCAACCUCAGUGCUUUCAUUAAUCCGUUCUUCAUUGCGAAUUGGCAAGCUUCUUCCGGUUGGACCUGGACGUUCACUGCACAUGGUCUUAUUGUGCUUGUGGGUGGAUGUAUAGUGUUCGGUGUUUUGCAUAAAUUUGGUGCUUGGAUGCGAGAAAAGGCUCCGGAGCCAUCGUGGGUCAACCCAGAGUUUGAUAUGGAUGCUUAA